GUUCAAACCUCUGAGUUUGUGACUCUGUUCAGGAGAGAAAAUGGCGGCCAAGCUGAGACAGGGAGCAAAGCUCAUCUCCUUCGGAUCGUCUCAGCUCCUGUCUCGAGGCUGUAAACAUGCCAGAGGCUCCACUUUGUCCUUCUUCAGCUCCAGACAUAGAAAUGCAUCAUCAUCCUCAUCUUCAUCAUCCAAAAUUCAUGUGGACCUGGACGGCAGCACCGGGAUCGCUGUGUUGAAGUUCCAGAACCCACCAGUGAACAGCAUGAAUCUGGACUUUCUGACCGAAUUCUCCAUCACUUUAGAGAAACUCGAGCUGGACAAGAGCUGCAGAGGAGUGAUCCUCACCUCGGCUCUGCCGAAGAUUUUCUCUGCAGGUCUGGACAUCCUGGACAUGUACGGUAGGAAUCCGGAGCACUACGCUGAGUACUGGAAGGCCGUACAGGACAUGUGGCUCAAACUGUACGGCUACAGGAAGAUCACUAUCGCCGCCAUCAACGGUUCCAGUCCCGCGGGCGGGUGUUUGAUGGCUCUGUCAUGUGACUACAGGAUCAUGGCGGACAAUCCCCGCUACAACAUCGGCCUGAACGAGACGCGGCUCGGCAUCGUGGCUCCUUUCUGGUUUAAGGACUCUAUUGUGAACACAGUGGGUCACAGAACAUCAGAGCUUUCCCUCCAGUUCGGAAUGAUGUACAGUCCUUCUGACGCCCUGAAGAUCGGCCUGGUGGACCAGCUCGCUCCCGAGGGGGACGUCCUCCACACCGCCACCCAAACCAUCAGCAGCUGGCUCGCCGUCCCAGACCACGCCCGCGAGAUCAGCAAGUCCAUGAUGAGAAAGCCAACGCUGGACCGUCUGUUGGCCAACCGAGACGCAGACGUUAAAAGUUUUGUAAGCUUCAUCAGUAAGGACUCGAUCCAGAAGUCCCUGGGCCUGUACCUGAACAUGCUAAAGCAAAAGAAGGCGUGAACACGGAACCGAGUCUCAUCUCCGUCUCACCUCCGUCUCUCCUGCGCCAGUUGUUUUGUUUGCUCUUUAGUUUUACAGUGUUAGGGUUGGAUCGUCUCGCUCGGUGUUUCCUACGAUCCUCUUCUUGCUGUUGUUUAUAAAUUAAAUGCUAAUAUCAUUGGUA